CGACUUUAUUUUCAAUUCAAUUUAAUUGAUUAUAGGAGUAAAAUUUUAAAAUAAAAUUUAUAUAGUAAUAAACUACAUGAAAAGUUCUACAAAACUAGAGGUGACAAGACUAUAUUAUUUUACGAAAUAACUAGUAAAAAUGAGCAAACAAAGUGAAUAAAGUUUGACCCUAUGAAUAGUGUCUGGAAAGAUUUAUGGUGGACAAAGGUACUAGUUAGUAGUCAAAGUAUUAUACAAAAAAUAAUAAAAAAAAUUAAACAAAAAGGAAAAUUUGGGUGUGAUCGAGAGGAAUAGAGAAAUGAGAGAAUACUUCAUUUUCUACUCCCUACAUGACUUUUUUUCCCUAAAACGAAUGUCCUCUUUGUUUUGUCGGUCCAUUGAUAUACGGAGGGGGUAUGGAAGAAUCCAUUCCUACUCGGCAGCGAGCAGCUGCGUCAUCCUGCAUUUCUGGAUUCAAAAAUCAAAACCCAAAGCGCGUAUUUUGGAUUUGAAUGCAAGCAAACAUUCUCCGCAGUUUUCAUGUUCGCUCAAAGAUUGCUUCGGCACUGAGGAAUUCCUUUUCUUUUUAGUCUGGGAGCGUCUAUUUUUCUUUAAACCAUUUACUAGAUUUUGCGGUAAGUAUAUAUUUCUGUGGUGCGAGUGAGUAAGUGAGAAAUAGAGAAGGAAGAUAAAAUGGCGGCGGAUUGGAAGAGUAGGUGGAGAUCUCAGAGCAAGUCGAAGCUGCAUAUUUUGAAGUUGGGGGUGGGAGCUAUUGUGGCGGCUCUGGUUUUUAGGCUAAUCUUCUCUAGAUCCAUUGAUGUUCCUCAAGUGGCACAUACUGGGAUCAUAAUUCGUGAAAAUAGGAUUCCCGACCAAACUGUUGACACUAAAGACGAAAGGGAUGUAGGGCUGUGUGAUCUUUUUCAUGGAGAUUGGAUUCGAACACCAAGCGGUCCUGUUUAUACGAAUGAGUCGUGCCCCUUCAUUGAAGGCCAUCAAAACUGUUUGAGGAAUGGUAGGCCUGAUACGAAUUAUCUUUACUGGAGAUGGAAUCCACGUGGUUGUUCCCUCCCCCAAUUCAAUGCAGGGAGAUUUCUUGAGCUUAUGAGGAAUAAAACUUGGGGGUUAAUUGGUGAUUCAUUAUCCAGGAAUCAUGCCCAAUCAAUUCUUUGCAUACUCUCUAAGGUAGAACGGGCAGUGGAAGUAUACCACGAUGAGGAGUUCAAAUCCAGGAGAUGGUUCUUUCCCUCAUUCAACUUUUCUCUUUCAGCCAUUUGGUCCCCUUUCUUGGCAGAAGCUGCCAUAUUUGAAGACAUAAACGGAGUUUCUUCCUCUGAGAUAGAACUGCAUCUUGAUAGGCUUGAUAAGAAUUGGACUCAACAAUUUAAUGAAUUAGACUACGUAGUGUUUUCAAGUGGUCUAUGGUUUAUGAAACCCGCUGUGUAUAUCAAGAACGGCAUGUUAAUAGGGUGCCACUACUGUCCAAAAAGAGACUUGAAAGAGCUCGGUUUCGGGUUUGCCUAUGGAGAAAUUCUGAGAAAUGUUUUCAACCACGCUGUUUCAUCAAAGCAUAGAGGUAUGGUUUUCUUCCGGACAAGCACGCCAGAUCAUUUUGAGAACGGCCAGUGGUUUACAGGGGGGAGGUGUGAGAGAAAAGAACCAGUGCAUGAAGGUGAGUUUGAGUUGAGUGAAGUUAACAGAAUUCUUCGUAAUGUUGAGCUAGAGGAAUUCAAGAAUGUGUCAGCCAAAGCAACUGACAAUGGGGUGAAGCUUAUGCUCUUUGAUGUGAAUCCACUUUCGUUGUUGAGGCCCGACGGGCACCCGGGUCCAUACAGAUUCUUUCAACCAUUUGCGGAUGGGAAGAACAAGACAAACAUUAACGAGUGCUUGCACUGGUGCUUGCCAGGGCCUAUUGAUUCUUGGAAUGAUUUGCUAAUGGAAAUGGUUAUUCGCAGUGGCUGAUUACGGUUCGGUCUGGAGUGAUGCAACUUUUUACCAUACUGCCGGUGGUUUAUGUACACCAAGCAGCCAUACUAUACCACAAUAUUGUGCCUUACACAUUAUACCAAUUGUUUUCAGUGUGUAACCCUAUUUUUAUCUGUAAUCAACUAAAUUAAGUUAUAAACUUUGACAGGGUCA